AUGGACAAUGGAAUCGUUUUAGGUUUAUUAUCGUUGCUUACAAACUUUCAGUUUACUGUCGCUCCAAGUCAUCGGCAAUUCUCGGUCGCACCGGUCGAUAUCAACAUUCAGCCACCGGAGAGUAUCGGUAAAAAAGCAGUCUAUGUAUCCAGCGACGAGAACAGAACAAAAAAAGAAAUUGCGCCUUUAUCAGAUCCUUUUGAUUUAAAGAGACCUCCAGCCGUCUUGCGUAACCUUCAGAACCACCCAGCCAGCGGUAUUAAGAGGAAAAAUAAUCCACCGAUCAUAUUAGCUAAUAGCGAUGGCCAGCAGCGAGUGAUCUGGUGUAUAUACCUGGUCGCUCAGGAUAAAUCGCGCGAGCUGUUCCAUACUGCUAAAGACACUAGUAGUCAGCGGUCGGAAAAGACGUAG